AUGUUGAGGAUGCUGUUCGAUGAAAUGCUUCGCUCGCGUCCUCUGCCCAAUGUGGGGGCAGGUCAUUGUAAGCCCAAUGUGGUUACUUUCAACACACUAAUAAAGGGUUUUUGCUUGAUGGGAAACAACAAUGCGGCUAUGCAAUUACAUGGGAAGAUGGAAGAAAGAGGAUGCGAGCCUAACAUAGUUUCCUAUAGCACCAUCAUUGACAGUCUCUGCAAGGAUACACUAAUUGAUGAAGCAUUGAACCUCUUCUCAGAAAUGAUUACUAGAGGUAUUGCUCCAAACGUUGUUGCUUAUAACUCUUUGAUUCAAGGAGUUUGUAAUACAGGCCAGUGGAAACAAGCUACAGAGCUGUUGAAUGAAAUGUUGAGUAAAGGUAUCUUUCCAAAUGUCGUCACCUUCAAUGUCUUGGUUGAUACACUCUGUAAGGAAGGGAUGGUCGUGGAAGCCGAAACUGUGGUUGAGACGAUGAUUCAAAGAGAUAUUGAGCCUGAUAUCAUUACUUACAACUCACUGAUGGACGGUUACUGUUUGCGAGGAGAAAUGGACGAGGCGAUAAAAGUUUUUGAUCUAAUGGUUAGUAAGGGCUCCUUGUUUGAUGUUCGUAGUUGUAACAUAUUGAUAAACGGAUACUGUAAGGAGAAAAAGAUCGAUGAGGCCAAUAAGGUUUUUCAGGAAAUGAUUUGUAUGGAGCUUGUUCCAAAUACCAUUACUUUUAACACUCCUAUUGAUGGUUUUUACAAAGCAGGGAAAAUACAAGAUGCAGAAAAGUUGUUCUCUGAGAUGCAAGGUUGUGGCCAACUUCCAAAUGUUCAAACUUAUAAUAUUAUAGUUAAUGGCCUGUGUAACAACCAACACCUUUCUACUGCACUAGAAUUGCUUAGAGAGAUGGAAGGCAACAAGUUGGAACUAGAUAUUGUAGUUUACAAUACUAUCAUUGAAGGUUUCUGCAAAGCUGGGAAAAUGGAUUCUGCAAUAGAUGUCUUCCCUGGUUUGUCAUCAAAGCAUCUUCAACCUAAUGUGCAGACGUAUAAUAUAAUGAUUCUUGGAUUUUGUAAAGGAGGCCUAUUAAGCGAAGCUGAAAAAUUGUUCACAGAAAUGAAGGAGAUAGGCUGUUCUCCAGAUGGUUGUACCUAUAACACAAUUAUCCGAGGUUUUAUGAAUAACAAUGAGACAUCAAGGGCUAUGGGACUUAUUCAAGAAAUGCGUGAGAGGGGUUUCUCUGCAGAUGCAUCAACUGUGCACUUGAUUUUUGAUUUAUUGUCGAAGGACACUGUAGAUCCUCUAUUGGCAGCAUGGCUUAAAGAUUCAGUCUAAAAUAUAUGAAUAUAUUAUCUGAAUCAACAUCACUACGAAAUUCGAAACUGCUGCAGUGCUGCUCCUUUAGCAACCUUGGAACUUCUGUGAAUGCAAUUUGUAAGUCCACCAUUGAAACACAAUAUCGGUUCCUUGUUGCACUCCAAAUUAGAGCACAUUGGUUUUCUAUUUCACUAUAUGUCUGUGUACACAUGUGAUAGCUGAAUAUUUAGUUGCUGGCAAUAAGUAUAACUGAAGAAGUAUUUCUCAUUCAACAAACAAAAUUGACUUUUCAGUUAUUCCUCUUUUUUUUAGUUCAUCUGUGUUUAAGAUCUUUGUCUUAAAGGGCAAUUGACUUUCACAUUUUUGUUUGAUUGUAAAGCAUGUCCCAAUACCUAUGACUUUUACAUCAGUUUGCAAAACGAACAUCCAGAAACUCUGUUUCAAUAAAGGCCUAUAUUUUUAACUUGAGCAUUUUGGGAUAUCCCCAGAUUUAUUGCUAAUUUUAGCUAGGAGAGAUGUGGAUAACUCUUACCUUUUGUGAU